UUGUUACCGGAUGAAUAUGAUGUUAAGCCAUUUAUUCAGACUGAUUGUUAUACUAGGACUCUUGUUUGCGGUGAGAGUUCUUCCCUUAAAUGCCGCAUUCAACGGCAGACCAUCAUUGUCUGCCUUCUCGUGGAAUGAUUAUCGUUUAGAUGAUGACAGUGAUGUCACGGAUGAUUUGUUAAAUAAACGUAUGCAAAUUUGGUACUACACACGGCCGCUUUACCUUCACCAUGACCCGACACCGACAAUCCGCCAACAAAGUCAAUCAAAUGACGGAAAUAUUCUACCGAACAAUAUUCAUAUUGACAGCAAUGACAAUGAACCGGAAGUUGUUGAUGGUAAUAGCAACACUAACAACAACAAUAACAACAACAUCGAUAGUGAAUUGCUUCCUGCUAUUAAAUGUCAAAGAAACUCAAAGCGCACUUUAAGUACACAACAACAACAAAAAUUGCUGCGUUUAUACAAUAAAUUGCAGAGAGACAACGAUUUCAAAGAAAAUUCCAAAUAUUUAAUAAACAAUGGGCCAGCAAACUACCUACAACAACCGCAAACUUCACAAUUAAAGGGUAGUGUUCACGACAUCGACAAGGAUUUAUUACGGAAAAAUGAAAAUGAUGGCAAUGGCAAUGGUAACGAUGAUGAUAGUGAAAAUGAUUACAAUCGUAUUGACAGUGACAGAGAAAAUCAUCAAAAUCUGGAUUCGAAAGCAAAUGCCGAUCAGCUUUUUAGAGCAUAUGUCAAACGAAUGAAAUAUCAAGAGAAACAACAACAACAACAAACAUUCUUACCUUCUAUUAGUGGUGGUGUUAUGACAAAUUUGGGGAAAUUUUUUCGCGAUCUCUCAAAAAAUGUUCACUACAGCGAACAAUAUCGUUGGGAUGAGAAUGAGCAAAAAUUAUUGGAAGGUCAUCGGGCGAUAGCCAGUUUUCAAAAUCAUCUUCCGGAUGGAUUACCGGAUCAUAAAAAUCAAACGGCUCAUAAUGCGGAACUGAUACAAGCGAUACGUUUCUAUAGGCCGUCACAAAAAAUACGCUCGUUAGUAAUGAUGAAUCCUCAUGGCCAGUGGUCGCACGAUUCAAAGUUUAUCGAUCCUAACUAUAUGUGGGUGGGUUUGGGCAAAUAA